AUGUCGACUCCAACCAACGCCUCCAACGGCCCGACGCCAACCGGGUCCAACGGUGCGCCUCCUCCUCCCAUGAGGAUUCGCCGCGCCCGGAACGCAGGCGAUCCCCUCGUUCGUCCAAAGCGACGGCCUGCGAGGCCUUUGGGAGCUGCUCCCGGCGCAAAUACAGCUAUCAAAACCUUGCCCGCACGUCCCUCGGUCCCCGGUACUCCGUCCCUACCACUGCCUCAGAAAACCCGACCAGCCGCUGUCCCGGAUUUACGCACUGUCAACGGAUUCAGCGGGCCUUUGCUUUCUCAGAAAUACACCGACUACCCCCUGGUUACUACGCGGAAGGCUUUGCGCGAAGGGAUGAAACACCACAUCGCCCGGUUCUCUUCGAAACGAGCGAUCGACCCGCGCGAUGAAUCACAGUUCACGCGACCCGUCAGGCUGCAUCGUCGAGACCCGCGCGCCCGAGCCCAUGAAUCCCAUGGCGAGAAGAUGGUCGGACCCGAUGGCCAGCAGCUGGACGAGGCUGAGCGGGAGGCCCUGGAUGCCCGGAGAGCCGCGCGCGAUAAGGAACGUGCUGAGAAUAUGGCGCAGAUUGCGCCCUCGGUCGGGUCGACUACAAAGAGACCGAAUGCUCCCAAGCAGAAAACACAACAAGUCUUCAAGUCUGACAUGACCAAGGAGGAAAUUGCCAGAGCUCGCAUCAAGUAUGAGGAAGCUCUGCCAUGGCACCUUGAGGAUUUCGAUAACCGCAAUAUCUGGGUGGGCAACUACGAAGCCGCGUUGUCGGAGACCCAUGCGGUCUUUGUUCUCGAGAACAACAAGAUGCGCAUGAUCCCUGCUGAGAAGUGGUACAAGUUCAGCGCUAAGCAGCAGUUCAAGGCUUUGACCAUUGAGGAGGCGGAGAAGCAUAUGUCGAAGCGCAUGAAGGAUCCUCGGUGGUUCAUGGAGAAGCAAAAGGAGGUCAAGGAGAAGCAAGAACUGGAACUAUUUGCCAAGCAGCACAAAGUCUAUGCCGGAAAGCAGGGUGGCGUUGCCGGUAGAGAAGGCUUGGAGGCCAGUGAAAUGGACUUUGAAGAGGAUCGAUUUGCCGACGACGAAGAACAUGCUGAUUUGUUCAAUGACGAGCAAGACGAAGAGACUAAGGCUGCCGAGCAACGAAUCAAGGAGGAUCAGUUGAAGGCGAACGUCUUCGAUCUCAAGGAAGAGAAGGACUACGAGGAUGAGGAGGAGCGCGAGAAAAAGGAGCGUGAAGCGCGUCGAACUUUCGGCAAGAAGGUUCGCAAGGCUCUCAAGAAACGAGAGAGGAACUUUGACUACAGCAGUGGCUCCGAUGUUAAUCCAUACACCGAUGAGGAGAGCUCUGACGACAGCGAAGUCGAACGCCAAAAGGAAGAGGAAAAGCGCAAGGCCGAGGAGGAAAGGAUCCAGAAAGAGAAGGACUCGGCUACAUCCACCAAGGGCAGCAAUACGCCCUCGGGCCGUCCAAAGCACACCGAUGCGCUUAAGAAGCCAGCCGGUUCUCGCAAGCGUCUGGGAUCCCCAGGCUCGGACGCUAGCGGCACGGACACUUCUCGAAAGAAGGCGAAGAACAUGCAUCAGCCCACCUCGCGGCCAAUGUCCCCAUCUGCAGCACAGGCCGGUAAGAAACGCAUUCGAAACCUCCCACUCGGCGGCUCUGGAUCUGGCAGCGACGUCGAUGUCGGUGCUGGAUCCGGAGGCGAGCUGAGCGAGAGCGGCAAGACCAAGAAACUGAGACUAAACCCCCCAUCAGCCACUUCGCGCAGUGGCACUCCCCAAGGAUCCCGCGCUGCGAGCCCCGUUGCUGGCUCCCAUUUCCCCGGUAGCCGAGCCGCAAGCCCCGAUGGAACAAGAGGCGGCCGCUCCACCCCAAUCCCAUCCGGACAACCAUUCCCCACACCCGCCGAGAUCCACGCCGCAAUCCCAGCUACCGGCAUUACCAGUUCCGCCCUUCUGCGCGUUUUCCGUCCCCGCAUUGGAGAGUCCAAGGAGAAUCAUCGCCGUUUCAUUGCCAUCGUCAAGGACGUGGGUUUGUAUGGCAAGGAGGAUAAGUUGUUGCGGCCUGGUACCUGGAGGCCAACUUAA